CUUGAUUGAAAAUCUCGUAAAAACGUCAUAGUAUUCCGUGAAAAAACACUUCUCUUCUACGUUCAAGUACUUUUAUGCAUGUGCAAGUUUUGCGGCACAUUGACAAUUACGAUAGCAACUUUUAUUUACAAUGACCUUGACCAAGGCGUAAUCUUUUGACGAAAACAUUCAUAGAAAUAAUGAAACUAUCAUUCCUGAAACAGCUGGAGAUAGUAUUUCAUUGGUUCAAAUAUUAUUAUACAAUACUGCCAUCAAAUAACUAAAAUACAAGUAAUCUAUUUAAAUAUUAUAUUAAAGUCGAGUGAAGAAAAUGUUGACAUUCUGAUACGACCAUACAAACUUAUCGUUGUUUUUAUUUCUGAGAGAGGCAAACAUUAAAGAAAUUAUUGAAAGUGUUUUCACCAAAUCUUUAACGCUUAUAUUUACGAACACCAUAUAUGAUACAAUAGACAAUCUGUGAAUGUUUCUCGAAGAAUUAGUUAGACCAUUGAGUCAUAUGAUAUUACUAUUAAUUGGGAUUGGUACUAUUCUAUUAGUACUUGUACUAAUUGUGUGCUUCUCCGUUCCAAAAUGUUUUGGAUACGAGUGUUUAAAAGCAAAAAGAAACCAAAAAAACAAAACUGUUGCUGAGUGGCAAGCUGACCAUCCAAAUGGACAUAUUAAGUUAGGUGAUAUCAGUUACCGAUCUUGGCGUCUAGGGAGUCUUUACGAUAACGGAAGUAUCUGCAAGAAUGGAGAAUCAUUCAAGGAUUGGUCUCAAUCUGAUUGUUUAGAUUUUGAUUCACAAAAAAAAUCAUCUUCCGUAAGUUUAGUAGAUCAAGGAAAUCUUACAAAUAUGAAAAAAAUACAAGAGUUUCCAACUGAAUUAACAUUAAUUCUGCAAUUUUUACCAACGAUUGAUGAGCCGAAAAGUACGAAAGGGAAACUUGUCAUUAGUAUUGAGGCUUUAUCCAAUAUUCCGCCCAAGCAAUAUAACUGUGCGAUCAAACCUUAUGUCGUUGUAAAAAUUGUUAAGCAGUUGUGGACUCCUAAAAAUCAGAAUGUACUUCAUAGUUUUAGAACCCGUAGUAUUCGACAUACGGUCAACCCAGUAUACAGCGAAACAUUCGUCAUAGAAGAUGUUAAUGUGUGCAGUACAAAGGAUUGGAUUUUAUCUAUAUCAGUCUUUGAUAAUGAUCGAUAUGCUAAUCAUACAGAAUUAUCUACCAUUCAAAUUCCUUUUAAAGAUCUUAGAAAAAUAUUUACGAAUCCAGAGAUGAAUUUAUUCAACUAUAAAAUGAAGCAAUCUAAUCAAGAAUUUGGAAAUAUUUUACUAGGAGUAACUUAUCUACCAACUGCUCAACGCUUAUCGAUAACUAUUAUGAAGAUACGGAAUUUAAAAUGCUUAACAGGCACAUCGCUACCAACUGAGUUAAAUUUAUAUGUGCGAGUUCUAAUGCUUUAUGGAAAAACUGGGAGGAAAAUUCGGAAGAAAAAAACAAGAAUGCUAGGUCCAGCAAUGGGCGUUGAGUUGAAUGAAACGCUUACGUUUGAGUUAUCCUGCAAUCAACUUGAUACUGUCCAAUUUCUUCUAAUACUUUGUAGUAAGAUUAUAUAAGAACCUUGGAUUGAAAACCUGACCGUCAAAAAUUGGCUUCAGCCUUAGUAGAAAAUGGAAAAGGGCCGCCUUUGUUUUAAACUAAGCGCGCUACCGAAGUCAGGGAGAUGCUGAAAAUUUCCGAUAAAUAUACCAGUCUGGCUGCCAGGUGGCAUUUUUAUUUUGCAAUACAUAUUUAUAAUUUUUUAUUGAAUUCGUUUCAAAUUGGACGUAAUAAGAACUUACAUAUAAUUAUAAAUAAUAAUUAAGUAUGGGUUGAACAGCCACCAUUUGGUGGUUGAAAUAAACUGGUUGUUUGAAUAUAAUAU